UCGAUAAGAUUAUAUUGUUCUUUUUAUGGAUUAGUGGUUCAGGAUAUCUGCUUCGAAAGUGCAUUUAAGCAAGUCUUUGAUUUUGAGUAUUUCAGGUAUAGUAUUGAAUUUCUGCCGAGUCCGAAGACAAGUAGCUUUGGGGAUCCAACCGUCUUCGUUUACUAAUGGUUACCGAAGAAAUCCAAUAUCGUGCCGGAAUUGCUCAAAAUUAAAGACUUGCUUAAAUGCACUUUCGAAGCAGAUAUCCUGAACCACUAAUCCAUAAAAAGAACAAUAUAAUCUUAUCGAAGAAUUAUGAGAUAGAUACAAGUAGAUUGUUGGAAGAUCAUCUUCGGACAUCUGUUAUAAGAAAACCUCCUGAAAACGUUUCUGCUUAUGGAAACACAUUCGAAAGCCUUUUGGAUAGCAAAAACAACGAAAUUAUGUUUAUCAUUGUUAAGGGUUAUUCGAGAACUACUCAGGACCAUUCUUCUUUAAAGCGGAUCACACAUAGAAAUAUUUGCCAAGAAAACUUUCACUUAUGUUUUUGCACGUUAGAGAAAUUUUUAUUGUAGAAAAUGGAAGAGCACCAGAAUGCACAACAUUUGAUCCCCCUCGAUUGUGUUCUGGUGGUGGACAAUGUAUUAAAAUAAAUUGUUUAGGAGUAAUUCGCAAAAAGGAUCUUAAGAUACGAUUGAAUGGUGAACGUGAACUACAACAAAAGGAAUUCACAGCAUCAAAGAACUUAAUAACAUUCUUAUCAAUUCCAAAAAAUUCAACGUCAGCACCAUUACAUAUUGAAAUAGAAACAAAAAACCUACUAAAUGAAAGUCAACCAAUUAUACUAUUCAAUGCUCAUAUUCCAUACAUAUAG